AUGGCAGACGACGAUGCCGCCGCGCCUUCCAAUCAGAAUGUAGACUCGGCACAAGGCGACAGCAGCACCGCCGGCCCCUCGGAGCAGGACACUUCCACUGUACAAGAUGACGACGAGCAAGACGCCAAACCAGAAUUCGACGACCCAAACUUGCUUGCGUCGUAUCCCAUCUACCUCUCCCACUCCAUCCCUUCCACCUCGUCUCUGCAGCUCUUUCAAUAUCCCACCUACCCGAAUAAGGCUCCCCUACCCCUGCCAAAUUACUCGAGGGAGCGCGGUCUCACCCACGCCAUCCGUUGGAGACCCAAUGCUGGCUGGGUGCAAGUCGAGCUCCCCCUCGACUUGCGAGCAGCUCUCUACCACAAGGAGAAGGGCGAGGAGAUGGCAAAGGGCGCCGAAAAGAUGGGAGGGCAGAUUGGUAGCGGCAACCCCGCCGAUGAUGAUGCAGGGGAAGAGGAAGCUCUUCCAUGGGCGCGUAGAAGGGGCAGCAAGAAGAGCAGUCGAGCCAAUGACAGUGAUGAGGAGAUGGCGGGGAUUGGCGGGGCAAGGGGCCCGUCGCGGAAGUUGGAAAAGAUGAGGUUGGAGAGCGAGGUGAUGCCGCACAUGACCAAGUAUUGCGUUGGAGUGAUGAGAGAUCAGGCCCUCCAUCUGACCCAGCUAGAUCGCAUCCUGCAGCUGCGUCCCUCUAUGCACCACCUAGAUGGUCUCGAUGCACUGGAAGCCGAGGACAAGCGCAAUGCCGCCAAGGCCUUCGCAGGCGAGCAAACAGGCAACGAGUCUGAAGGUGGAGAAGGGGCUCCUCACCCAGCAGCAGCGGCCAAGAAGGAGAAGAAGACGGCGUACAAUGUUGGCGUCAAGUUCAAUGGCACGCCGGGCGGACCUGGCGCUGGUGGUGGAGGUGGAUUUGGUGGGAGGGGCCAGGGCGACGGGCCUGGGUACGAUGCGAGAGAUGCACUCAUGGCGAGCCGGCGCAGAGCCGAGGGGGAGAAUUGGGUAGAGCUAGAAUGGAGGGACCUCCAUGGCCACCACAAGGAAGACGUGCAAGCGACCAUCUCCUCGCAGCUCUUUGCAGGAAGCAAAGCGAAGCUCAAGUGCAGAACCAAGCCCAGGGACUAUCUCCCUGCGAGUCUUGGCUCGGACCCUCCCAUGACGGCCGGAGCGAUGAAGUGA